UGUGUCUAUAACUGUCAACAGAGGUUACACGUCAGACACAGAUUCAGCUGAACUGUAUGGGUCUUGCAUUCAGCACUCCCUGUAGACCGAGACUCGCUGCUGUACCUCACAGCUAUGGAACCAACAACAAUCAGAGAAGGGUACUUAGUGAAGAAGGGGACAGUGCUCAACUCGUGGAAGGUUAUGUGGGUGGUGUUAGCAGAUGAUGCCAUUGAGUUUUACAAGAAGAAGACAGACAACAGUCCGAAGGGAAUGAUCCCUCUGAAGGGUGCGACUCUGACCAGCCCAUGCCAGGAUUUCACUAAAAGAAUGCUAGUGUUUAAGGUCCGGUCAGCUAAGAACCAGGAGCAUUUCUUCCAAGCGACCCACCUGGAGGAGAGGGAGCUUUGGGUUAAAGAUAUCAAGAGAGCCAUCACUUGUUUGCAGGGCGGCAAGAAGUUUGCCAGGAAGUCAACGCGCCGAUCCAUUCGGUUACCAGAAAAUGUUAACCUGAGUGAACUGUAUGUUCUAAUGAAAGAUCAAGACAAAGGAGUGAAAGAGCUGAAGGUAGAGAAGGAUAAAAGGCUGUUCAAUCACUGUUUCACAGGAAACACAGUGAUCGACUGGCUGAUUUCUGAGAGGAAGGCCAGAAACAGACCAGAGGGACUGAUGCUGGCCACCGGACUGCUAAACGAGGGAUUCCUGCUGCCCGCUGGAGACGUGUCCAAAGACGGCGCAGAAAAAGGAGCAGAGUGUGUUUUCCUGGACCAAACCGAGGCUCUUUAUUACUUUGCAGAUAGUGGUUUCUUUUGUGAGGGUUACUCCAGCGAUGAGGACGUGAUCAUGAAGGAGGAGUUCAGAGGGGCCAUAGUCAAACAGGGCUGUUUGCUGAAACAGGGUCACAGGCGAAAGAACUGGAAAGUCAGAAAAUUUAUUCUGAGAGAUGAUCCUGCUUAUAUCCACUACUAUGAUCCUACCAAAGGUGAGAACGAUCCUCUCGGCUCCAUUCACCUGCGUGGUUCAGUCGUGACGGCAGUGGAAUAUGUGCCUGAUGCCAAGAGAUACGAGGUGGAUGGCAAUCUCUUUGAGAUCAUCACGUCAGAUGAGAUACACUACUACCUGCAGGCUGCAACAGCCGAUGAGCGCAAGGACUGGAUCAAAGCCAUUCAAAGCGUCUCAAAGACGGGAAAAUAACAGUAUUAGGUCCAUCCCAUGGUCUGGAGAACAGUAAACUCACUUUUAAAAGACACACAGAGUUAAGGGUAAGGAUCAGUGUGAGAAUGUGUUUUGUCUACGCACCAAAUGUCUCCUCUUCAGCAUUUUCUAAAAAUAAAAAUUCCAGUUUGUUGUUUCUUGA